AUGGUUAGAAAUUUAACCCCGGUACUACAGAGAGAGUUGGAAAAUCUUCACAAAGAUGCUGAUAGUCGUAGAUUAGCAAUGAAAGCACUCAAGUCCUAUGUGAAACAUUUGGACUCCAAGGCAAUCCCUAUGUUUCUUGCCCAAGUUUCCCAGUCUAAAGAAACUGCUCCUUUGAAUGGGGAAUGCACCAUUUCGCUCUAUGAAGUUCUUGCUCGUGUUCAUGGCGUCAAAAUCGUCCCUCUCAUAACCAACAUCAUGGCAACCAUAAUCAAGACUCUAGCUUCCAGUGCAGGGUCUUUCCCUCUUCAACAAGCAUGCUCAAAGGUGGUUCCGGCCAUCGCUAGAUAUGGGAUUGAUCCUACCACCCCUCAAGACAAGAAGAGGCAUAUUAUUCAUUCACUAUGCAAUCCCCUCGCGGAUUCCCUCUUGGGUUCUCAAGAGAGCUUGACUUCUGGAGCUGCCCUUUGCUUAAAGGCUCUUGUGGACUCGGAUAAUUGGUAUUUUGCUUCAGAUGAGAUGGUUAAUAAGGUUUGUCAGAAUGUUUCUGGGGCUUUGGAGGAGAAAUAUACUCAGUCAAAUGCACACAUGGGUCUGGUCAUGUCUCUUGCAAAGCACAAUGCUAUAAUAGUUGAACCGUAUGCUAGGUUGUUGAUACAUGCUGGACUGCAGAUAUUGAACAAUGGUUUAAUAGAGGGGAAUUCUCAGAAACGCUUGGAAGCUAUUCAAAUGGUGAACUUCCUGAUGAAAUGCUUAGAUCCUUGGAGCAUUUUAUCUGAGCUUGAGUUGGUAAUUGAAGAAAUGGACAAGAGUCAGUCAGAUCAGAUGGCUUAUGUAGCAGGGGCUGCCUUUGAAGCUCUGCAAACUGCAAGGAGAAUAGCUGCAGAUAAAGGCCCAAAACUUGAAAAGGCUCAUUCAGUCAGUGGCUCAAACUUUAGUAGGAGAGACCAUAGUAGGAGGCGAAAUUUAUCUAGUGCUGGCGAUCAGUCCCUUGCAUCGGUGUCACCUGAGUCACAGACCCUUGAUUCCUUCACAGGAUAUGAUUCAUGGGUUGAAUCACCUAUUGCAGCGAGGCAGGUUUCUCAAAACUCAAGUUAUGAUUGUAGGAGUGUCAAUCGGAAACUUUGGAGUCAUGAGUGUGGAGGAGUUGAUGUGUCUCUCAAGGAUGGUCUGUUCUCAGGGAUUGCUCACGAAAAUGGCUACUCUAAUGCACCUUCAGACUCUGGGAAUAAUCAGUUCAUGAACAGCGAAGUUGAAUGCACACAAGAAUUUUCAGGUUUCCUUCAAAGAAAUCCUAGGAAUGGAGUAUCAAGAAGUGCCACAACCAGUCCCCUGAGGUCACGAACUCCAAUUGAUGUUGAUAAUAUCAUCCUCAAAACUCCUAGGAGGCUCGUUCAUUCUCUUCAGGAUCCAAAUAAUGUCAACUCAGACUUCUCUGAGAAACAAACUAGAAGAUUUAGGAGUUUAUCCUUGAGCGAAGAUUGCAGCCCAAAUGGCAGGUACAAUGGUUACUCACAUGAUGCCACUUAUGACUGCAAUGGUAGCUUCUGUGAUGGUGGUGGUGUGCAGUUCCAAGGUGGCCCUGAAUCUGUAUCAUCAACAGAUGGUAUUCCUAAAGAAGGUGACUUGCACAUGUUUCAAGAUGCUGUUCUCGAAAUAAAAUCAGAAAUUCAAGAUUCCAGCAUCAUCAGAAAACCCCUUCGCAAGGCUGCUGCAAAAUUCUUCUGUGGUCUUUCUUUUGCAGUACUUGCAGUAAUUGUUCUGUUAGCUUUGAUUACAGCUCAAGGUCCAAGUUAUGAAAGUUAUUAUCUAGUCCCAACUUAGUGUCUUGAUAAAGAAAACAAUGGUAGGAACCAGCUGGUGUAUGUUCUUGUAAUACUAGAAUUUGACCAUCCACACUAGAUGUGGAUGCUGAAUGUGCUGGAAAGAAUUUGUUUGUUUUUAACAGCUUAAAGAAGGGUUAUUGA